CCAGGUGAAGCUUUAUCUGCAGGAUCGUCUGACAAGAUACAGGAAAGACUUAACGUCUGGAUGCCUUGAAGCCUGCCUUCAACAUUCACCGCCAUAUAUGGUCUCUAUAGUUGCUGGUUACCUUGUUAGCUUGUAUUUGAGGUGGUGAGGUACCGAAGCGGUCGACUCAUCAACGAUCAUGCUGAAUUAUGGCAGUAGACUGAUGUCCAAGGCGGGCAAGAAGCAAGUCGAAGACUGCAAGGAGAGGACAGGAGGAACAGAACUCGAGCUUGUUGACAAGGGAAUCUCCAAUCUCCUGGACGUACCGGGUCUUUUACAAUUGUCCAACCUGGUGAGAUUGACAGCCAGUCACAACAAGCUCCAUGCGGUUCCUCCCAGUAUUGCACAGCUGCAGAACUUGGAGAUUCUCAACCUGUUCAACAACCAGAUUGAGGAACUUCCAACGACCCUGUCUACCCUGCCUAAGCUGAAGCAUCUUAACCUGGGGAUGAACAGGUUGAGUUCCUUGCCGCGAGGGUUUGGUUCCUUCCCGAGUCUGGAGAUUCUGGACCUGACGUACAACAACCUGACUGAGAAGAGCCUGCCGGGAAACUUCUUCUACUUAGAAUCGUUGAGAGCUCUGUACCUGGGUGACAACGACAUGGAAACUCUCCCUCCACAAGUUGGUCAGCUCAUGAAGCUACAGAUCCUUGUUCUGAGAGACAACGACCUGAUUGCCCUGCCCAUGGAGGUUGGGAACCUGGAGAGGCUGAAGGAGCUGCACAUCCAGGGCAACAGGCUCACUGUACUUCCACCUGAACUCGGAAAGCUUGACCUGUCGGGGCCUAAGAUGGUGUUUAAGGGGGAUAACAACCCGUGGGUGGCCCCGAUCGCGGACCAGCUGCAGGUGGGAGUGUCUCACCUGCUGGAGUACCUCAGGUCCGACACCUACAAGUACCUGUACGGGCGUCACAUCCAGGCCGGGGCCCAGCCGCCGCCCAAAACCACUGACAAGUCCAAGAAGAUCAGCAGAAAGGCCAAGGGGAAGUAAAGCUGGUCGUCAUGGAGACCAAACUGCCCAGUAAACAAACUCCUGGAAACUAUGUAAAACACCAUAUUUGGAAAAGUCUAAUGUCAGUUUCUUUUCCAUGAUUUAUUUUACUGUUUUAUGUUUCUUGGACACCAGACUACUUUACCUUAAUUAUGAAACACAGUUUUAAGAGAAAUGUGGAGUGAAAGUUAAAUUUUGGGUGUUUUUAUUUCCAGGAGGAUCCUUUAAGACAAUUAAACUUUGAUGGAGACUUUCUCUCCAAAACUACAUUUGUACUGUCUACAAACAUAACUGUGGAAUCAUUGAAAUGGGAAAAAUCAUAUCCACACAGCUUCCACAUAUGGUAAAAGUGGAAGGAGUGAAAAUAUUGUUUUAGCCUUCUGAUCAGUUAAAACACUCCCAAGAAGGGAUCGUCCGUCAUUUCAAUGGUUUUACAAACUGAUAUCUCUAAGAAGGGAUCGUGCGUCAUUUCAAAGGUUUUACAAACUGAUAUCUCUAAGAAGGGAUCGUGCGUCAUUUCAAAGGUUUUACAAAAUGAUAUCUCUAAGAAGGGAUCGUGCGUCAUUUCAAAGGUUUUACAAACUGAUAUCUCCAAGACUCAGGUUAUGGGAUCCAUCUCGCUCAGUAACUUGAACUACAAUUAUGGUAUUUUUUAAAGCAUUUUCUUACUUAGAGUAUUUGAAAGGGAAUCUACUACUAGUAUUGUAAGGUGACUAGUUUGAUACUUUUUGUCUGCAAGCUAGAUAAGAUGGACUAAAAGCCAAUUUUGAUAGUAUUUUUUUUCUGGUGAAGAUACGUGUAUAUCUUGUAGAUUUAAUAAACUUUAAGGUUACUUUUGGAUGCUAUGGCUUUCGUAGCUUUUCAAAGCAGUCAGCUACAAUUUUGACUAACACUCGGUAUACUCGUAUUUUGUAAGUUGCAUGUGCAUUGCGCUGAUGAAUUAUUAUGUCUAUAUAUUUAUCCUUAG